UUUCGGUUAGGUAACAGAUCGGUAGAACAACAACCGGACUAAAUUUUUCCAAAAAUCAUUCGAAAUUUUAAAGUUUUCUCAAAAUGUCAGACGGCCCGGAAUUCAAGUGGGAGUACAGUCAUGGAGGUCAGGGCGGAGGACCUAACUUCUCUCAGAUGGGAAGGGGUGGAACCCCUCCUGGAGGCGGUGGUCGUCAGUGGUUACACUCCAACCAGGGAAACAUGCAGAACUUUAUGCCGGGAUCUGGAAACCAGGGACCAGCAUCACACCAACUGCACGCUUCGCCAGGAGAUCCUUUCGCCUCCUACAACCAAAGCAUGCUGAACAUGUAUACAAACUUCAAGCCCAGCUAUGGACAUUCUAAACUAGGACCUGCCACGGUUCAGGGAGUGGGUCAAGAGCUCAGCCCCCAAAUGGGUCGUGGAAUGGGCAAUGGAAUGUCUGAAUCCAUGGGUUUCGAUGAGGGCAUGAGUUCAGGUAUGGGCUCAGGAAUGAACCAGGGAGAUGAACGGCCUUGAAGGUGGAAUGGGAAUGAGUUCCAUGCAAAGAGGUCAGAGAUUGGCCGGUGGCUACUCUCAUCGAUCA